ACAGAUUACCAUUCUUGUUCCUCCUCGCGCCGUCCAUUCUCUCUCUCUCUAAACAGGCGAACUUUUCAGUUGAACUUGCUUGAGCAGCAAUGGCGAACUCCGAUUCAAGGGAUCUGACUCAGUUGAAUGGUUGCGGUAAGAAAUCUGAAGUUGAUGAAUUGGCUUAUGCUGAAAUUGUUGUGAUACGUCAUGGAGAAACUGAAUGGAAUGCCUGUGGAAAGAUUCAGGGGCACCUUGAUGUGGAGCUAAAUGAUGUUGGGAAAGAGCAAGCAGAGGCAGUAGCUAAUCGCUUAUCCAAGGAGAGUAAGCUUUCUGCUGUAUACUCAUCUGAUUUGAAAAGGGCCCUUGUUACAGCUGAAAGGAUUGCCAGCAUUUGUGGUGUAGGGGAGGUAAUUAAGGACAAAAACCUUCGUGAAAGACAUUUAGGAGAUCUCCAGGGCACUGUUUAUGCGGCUGCCCCUGAAGUUUGUCCAGCAGCUUAUAAAGCUUUUUCUUCUCCCCGUGACCAGGAAAUUCCUGGAGGUGGUGAAAGUCUUCAGCAGCUUUAUGAUCGCGGCACAUCUAUUCUGCAGAAAAUUGCUGACAAACAUAUUGGGGAGCGAGUGGCUGUGGUGAGUCACGGAGGCCUGAUCCGAGCUCUGUACAGGCGAUCUGUAUCAACUGUGAAGUGUGGGAAAGUUCUGAACACUUCAGUGAAUGUAUUCCAUAUCACCAAAGGAGGCUCGUGGACCAUAAAAAACUGGUGCGAUGUCACUCAUCUCAAGCAAACUGAAUUCCUGGAAGCAGGUUUUGGUGGAGAUAAAAACUCAGGUUAAAAUCCAUCACCAUUUAUCAACAACCAUAAAGAGUAGUAAACAUAGAAAAACUAUAUGAAAACCAUGAAGGCAGAAGAUGCAUCCUUACAAAUACCUCCUUUUUUACCUUUUACUUUUGCGAAUUAGAUCUACAUUGGGUAUUUUUUUUUGCUGUUUCUGCCUCUACAUUCACCAUAUAUACUCUGAUAAAAUUAGUUCAUAUAUUAGGUCAAAGCGUUUAUACUCUUUGGUUGA